AUGGCCCUACGCAGCUCGCUUGAAAAGGGCGGGCUAGGCGUCAUGGACCACAAGCCGUCGCAUCUUGAGAAUGCACCUGAUAUCACAGAGAUUGACUCCUUCCGGGUCUUUGGACUGGGCGUGGAAGAUGCCGACUUCUACAGAAACUACCCAGAGAAGAAGCGAAAGAAGAUCUUUCGCAAAAUUGAUAUCCGCCUCAUCCCUAUGCUCGCCUUGCUGUAUCUUAUCUGCCAUAUUGACCGAGCUAACAUCGGAAAUGCCAAAAUUGAAGGCAUGGCGGAAGACUUGAAGAUGACGGGCGUGCAGUACAAUACCAUCUUGGCCAUCUUUUUCAUUCCUUAUGUUCUCUUUGAAAUUCCCAGCAACGUCCUGCUCAAGAAGUUCAAGAGACCCUCGAUGUAUCUCGGCGGGCUGACCACUGCCUGGGGCAUCAUCAUGACGUGCACGGGUUUGGUGCAAAAUUACGGCGGUCUCAUGGCUACCCGCAUUCUUCUUGGUAUCUUCGAAGCCGGGUUCUUCCCCGGAGCAAUCUAUCUAUGCUCCUAUUGGUACAUGCCCAAGGACCUGGCGGUCAGGAUCUCAUACUUUUACUGCGCGAGUGCUUUGUCAGGUGCAUUCUCUGGUCUGCUCGCCGCAGGAAUUGCCGAGAUGGACGGUCUCGCCGGACUGGAAGGGUGGCGGUGGAUUUUCAUCCUCGAAGGCCUCGUCACUGUCCUCCUUGGUGUCAUGUGCUUCUUUUUGCUCAUCGACACUCCUGCUCUGUCCACGCGGUGGCUCGAUCAGGACGAGAUUCGAUACCUUGAGCUCUCCAUGUUCAUCAAGCAGGGUGGAGGCUAUCGCGAAGAGACCAGCGUCAAGUUCAAGGACAUCAAGAUGAACCUCACAAACUGGAGAGUUUACGUGCAGGCAUACUUUUUGAUAUGCCAGUCCGCACUUUCCUACGGCAUCAAGUUCACCCUCCCUACCAUUGUCAAAGCAAUGGGCUUCAAAAACACCAAUGCCCAGCUACUCUCGGCGCCUCCCUACGUCGCCGCUGCAAUCUCAGCUAUCUGUUUUGCCAAGCUAUCCGAUAUCUUCUACUGGCGGAUGCCUUUUGUCGCCAUACCCAUGACGAUCGUGGCAGUGGGUUACUCCAUCAUCAUCUCUCUCAAGGGCGAACUUCAAGCCAAGAUGGGAGUCGCCUAUUUCGCCGUCAUGCUCUCCAUCAUUGGUAUCUAUCCCAUCCAAGCGGGAGCCGCGUCGUGGAAUGCCAACAAUAUCGCCCCUGCCAGCAGACGAGCUGUGGGAAUUGCGCUCAUGAACUGUGUAGGCAAUGUGGGCGGUAUCGUGGGAAGUUACAUGUACCUGGAGACCGAGAAGCCCAAGUAUUAUACGGGCUUCGGACUCAGCCUAGCGUUCGGAGCGACUGGACUGAUUGUCUCUCUGCUGCUCGAGUGGAGCUACAGAGUUGCGAACAGCAAGAAGGCUAAGGCCGCGAACGAAGCUACGGCGCAGUACACUGAGGAGGAGCUAUUUGAGAUGGGUGACCGAUCUCCGCUGUUCAAAUAUGUCCUCUGA